GCGCGACCCGCGAAAUUAAUAACUACCAUAGCUCACUUUGCGACCUGCACUUCAAGCGACAUCCUGGGGGACCUCUUAAGUCUCAACAGAUACAGACAAUACUGCCCAUCAUGUCCUCCGACGAGGCUUGGUCAACGUCGUCCAACGACGCGCUCCUCCUGUCCCUCGUGACGCCUUCUGCGACAGGCGUCAAAACCAUCGGCCACAGCUUUCACCCGAAAUUCACAUAUUCGCUCUUUGGCGACAACGAGGAGAUUUUCGGCUAUAAAGAUCUCGAAAUCAAUCUCCGGUACAAUGCGAGUGAUAUGCGACCUAACCUGUCCGUCACAUACAGCAAGAAAUUCCCCGGCGUGGGGGAUACGGAGGCGACCGACAUCAAUGGUGUCUUGCGCGAGAUCCUUCCCGACGUCGCCUUUCAGAGUAAAAAGGAUUUCGAAACUGCGGUCAACGGCCUCCGGAAAGACUGGACUCCUCCCGGCAAGCUUAUUACCACGUUCCGCUCCCAUGGCAACACGUUCGAGGUUUGGAAGGGGACUCUGGCCGACCCCGCCGUGAAACAGGUUGCUAGGCGCAUCCAGAUACUCGCACCUCUCUUCAUUGAAGGCGGUACUGCCAUCAACGUGGACGAUUCCGAUGCCGACCGGUGGACGGUUUUCUUCCUGUACCAGAAAAAGGCUACCCCCAGCGAUGCCAGCGGAAACCCUUAUGUUUUCGCCGGCUACUCCACGGUCUACCGCUUCUUCCACUUUCGGCCACUUACACCCCCGGUCACUCCGUCAGAGAGCGAGGUGGAAAAGGCAAUGCUCGCCCAGGACUUUGACCUGUCUCAACUUCCCUGCCGUAGCAGGAUCUCCCAGUUCAUCAUUCUCCCGCCCUUCCAAGGCAAGGGGCUAGGUUCCAGGCUAUACAGCUGUGUCUUCAAGGAAUACAUCCAGCACCCGCAGACAGUUGAGAUCACGGUCGAGGACCCCAACGAGGCGUUCGACGACCUGCGCGACAUCGCGAACCUGCACUACCUGCGCCAGCUGCCCGAGUUCCAGGCGCUGCGCAUCAACACGGACGUCGCCAUCCCCAAAGUGGGUGCCGCGCCAAACAACAUUGUCGACCAGGCCGCGUACGACGCGGUGCGCGCCAAGGCCAAGAUGGCGCCCCGCCAGUUCGCGCGCGUCCUGGAGAUGCACCUCAUGUCGCAGCUGCCCGAGCCCGUUCGGCCCGGCAUCUCCCCGGAGAAGCAGGCGGCCAAGGCGACAAAGGAGCAGGAGCAUGAAUACCGCCUCUGGAGGCUGAUUCUCAAGAAGAGGAUAUACAAGCACAACAAGGACGCCCUGGGCGAGCUGGAGAUCCCCGAGCGCAUCGCCAAGCUUGAGGAGACGGUGUCGAGCGUUGAGUUCGACUAUGCGCGGCUCCUGAUCAAGGCCGAGGAGCAGCUGAAGAACAUGGCCGAGGACGAGCGGAAGGAUGAGGCUGCUGCUGCUGCUGCUGCUGCUGCUGCUGCUGCUGGGCCUAAUGGGUCACCAGCGAAUGGAAAGCGCAAGGCGGCUGACGACACGCAGGAGCAGGCUAGCAAGAAGGCAAGGGUCGAGGAUGAAUGAGUGCGUCCUCCGGACAAGUCGGGUUUGGUGAUGACGGGCUGCUAGUGACGAGCAUUGUGUAGCGAUUACGGGCGUGUCCUUUUGGUUUGGUAUGUACAUUAAGGCGUUUUGGCGGCGGCAUUCUCUGCGCUUAUUCGUGUUUUUUCUUACUUUCUGCGUUUACUCGGAAAAGAGGCUUCGGUAUUCCAUGCAAAGCCUGCGGUCGUCUCUCGAGAAUGGAAAAACUCUUUUCAGCUGGCG